AUGGCUAAGCAUGGAGCUCUCCUGUAUUCUUAUGCUUUUCCUAUUCUUGCACUGGCUAUGAGCUUGUUGUGCAAAGCCAUUGAUGAAGAAGAUAGAAAGGUCCAUAUUGUGUACUUGGGGUCACUUCCUAGUGAUGAGCUUUACUCACCAUUGUAUCACCAACUUGGUAUACUAGAAAGAGUUGUCCAGGGAAGUUCUGCUGCAAAUGUGUUGGUGAGAAGUUAUGGAAGGAGUUUAAAUGGAUUUGCUGCCAAGCUCACCAACCGCGAGAGAGAAAAGCUUGCUAACAUGAAGGAAGUAGUCUCUGUCUUUCCAAGCACAACUUUCCAACUUCACACAACAAGAUCUUGGGACUUUAUGGGCUUCAGUGAGAGCAUCCCUCGAAGCAAAACGGUUGAGAGCAACAUUGUCAUGGCUGUGAUUGACAGUGGAAUUUGGCCUGAAUCCGAUAGCUUUAAAGAUGAUGGUUUUGGCCCUCCUCCCAAGACAUGGAAAGGUGCUUGCCAAGGUGGCCAGAAUUUCACUUGCAAUAACAAGAUUAUUGGAGCUCGGUUUUACACAUCAGAGAAGUCUGCAAGGGAUGAAAUUGGUCAUGGAAGCCACACUGCCUCAACGGCAGCAGGAAAUGCUGUAAAGGAUGUGAGCUUUUAUGGACUAGCCCGAGGUACUGCAAGAGGAGGAGUUCCUGCUGGGAGAAUUGCUGCGUAUAAUGUCUGCACUAAUCAAGGUUGCAGUUCGGUUGAUCUCUUGGCUGCUUUCGACGAUUGUGUUGAUGAUGGAGUUAGUCUCAUUACAAUCUCAAUUGGACGUACUGUUGCAACGUCUUUUGAAACGGAUCCUAUAGCAAUUGGUGCUUUUCAUGCAAUGAAGAAAGGGAUACUAACUGUACAAUCUGCAGGCAACAGUGGUCCUGGAAAUGGUACUGUCUCAAGUGGGGCACCGUGGAUUCUUACAGUUGCAGCAAGUAGCAUAGAUCGUAAAUUCAUUACCAAGGCUGUUCUUGGAAAUGAAACUAAUCUAGUUGGGAUUUCAGUAAACUCUUUCGAAUCAAAUGAAUCAAGUUAUCCUUUGAUAUAUGGAAAAAAUGCUUCAAACCAAUGCUCGGAAUUCCUUGCUGGGUAUUGUCUAGAAGGCUGCCUAGACCCUGAUUUAGUUAAGGAAAAGGUUGUGCUAUGUGAUUGGUCCGGUGGAUAUGUUGAGGCUGAUCGAGCUGGCGCAAAGGGUGCAAUUUUAAGCAAUUCAAGAGAUGUUGCAUCUGUUGUCCCACUAUCUGCGACCGGUUUAAACAACCGAGAGUAUGCUGUGGCCAAGUCCUACCACAACUCCACCAGAAAUCCUCGAGCCAAGAUACUAAAGAGUGAAGUCAUAAAAGAUCCUGCUGCACCUCGUGUCGCUUCCUUCUCUUCACGCGGUCCUAAUAGAAUUGUACCAGAAAUUCUGAAGCCAGAUAUAACUGGCCCUGGGAUAGAUAUUGUGGCUGCAUAUUCACCUAUUGCUUCUAUCUCAGCCAGCCCUUAUGACGAGAGGCGUGUAAAAUACAAUGUACUAUCUGGAACCUCCAUGUCUUGCCCCCAUGCUGCUGGUGUAGCUGCAUAUGUUAAAGAGUUCCACCCGGAUUGGUCUCCAGCAGCCAUAAAAUCAGCUAUUAUGACUACAGCUUGGCCCAUGAAUGAUACCAGCACUUCUCCUGGUGAAUUUGCUUAUGGAUCUGGACAUCUCAAUCCUGUAAGAGCUAUAAACCCCGGUCUUGUGUACGAAGCUUCUAAAGAAGAUUACAUUAAGUUCCUUUGCAUGAUGUUGGAUGAGGAAAAAAUUAGACUCAUUUCGGGAGAUAAGAGCACUUGCCCUACUGGCUCGGACAAAGGAUCACCAAAGGAUCUCAAUUACCCUUCAAUGGCUGCUAAUGUUACAUCAAUGAAAUUGUUUACGAUCAACUUUCAUAGAAGAGUUAAGAAUGUUGGCCUUGCAAACUCCAAUUACAAGGCAUUGAUUACAACAAAUUCCAAAGUUGAUAUCAAAGUGGUGCCUGAAGUUCUUUCCUUCAAGUCCUUGAAUGAGGAGAAGAAUUUCACUGUAACCGUUGAUGGAAGAGAUAUGCCAGAGGGAUCGCAUGUGUCUGCAUCGCUGUGUUGGUACGAUGGAAGUCACAACUGCAUUGUUAGAAGUCCAAUUGUCAUAAGCAGCGUAUCAGCUUGA